GCAUAAAAUCUACAUUACUUUUUCGACUGUUAGGAUGUUUAACAACUUUUUCUACUAAAAUUUUAAUAAAUUUUUUUUCUUCAAAAAUUCUUUCCAAAUUAUUGGUUUCUUCUGCAAAUCCCGGUUUAUUCAAUCUUUUAUCAUGGAAUACGCCUUUAAUGGACUUCCUAACGAUAGUGGUGCCUAUCAUCAAACGAUGGACUACGAUGGACACAUAAAUCAGGACCCUCGAAAGUACACGGGCAUCCAUCAGGUAGCCGAUCACAGUCGUUUCGGAUUCCACUAUUGGCCACAAUCAGGAUCUGAGAGGUAUGAGUCCGAAAAUUAUCAAUCUAGUGCUACGCUUGGUGGUGCUGGAUAUCGCAGUCCCUUAAGACAUGGGCGUUUCAUGAGGGAAAUGAACUCGCGAAAUGGACUAUACUCUCCACUGGAACAAAGUGGCAGACGCGGUGGCCCCGAAAAUUACCAUACUUCUCUGCCCGGCUUUGGAGCAUUGGAGACACCCACUUUUAAGCCCGGCAACACAAAGUCCCCAUGGUAGUGAUCAAGAAUUGUAGGAAUUAUUUGAAAUUUUUGUUUUAUUAAUCUCAGAAUUACGAGCAUUAAACUACAUCUAUUUAUAAAUA